ACUCUUAGAUUUCUCCCAGAGUCCAUGAAGUGGAUUUAACAAGUAGGUGCCUGACAGCCAGGGACCCAUGUCCAGGUGAGAGACAUGGCCUUUGAGGAGAUCCUGAAGGAGGUGGGUGGCUUUGGCCCCUUCCAGAUUCGAAAUCUGUUGCUGUUGGCACUGCCCAGGAUUCUGCUGCCUCUGAACUUCCUCUUGCCAAUUUUCAUGGCUGCAGUGCCCAUCCACCAUUGUACCCUGCCAGCCCAAGACCUUCUCAACAACCUCACCCAAGAGACAGCUUGGCUGGAAGCCUACUUGCCCCGGGAGCUUGAUGGUAGCCUCAGCUCCUGCUACCGAUAUCUCUACCCACACUCACUCUCCAACGCUAGCCAAGGGGCAGGGGAGGACCAAAUUGUGCCAUGUCCUGAAGGCUGGGAAUAUGACCAAUCACAGUUCUACUCCACUAUUGCUACCCAGUGGGACCUAGUGUGCGAGCGAAAGGGACUGAAUCGCGCCAUCUCCACCCUCUUCUUCAUUGGUGUGCUCGUGGGGGCCGUGAUCUUUGGAUACUUGUCUGACAGGUUUGGGAGACGCCCACUGCUCUUGGUAACCUACGUGAGCACGCUAGCCCUGGGCCUGGUCUCCGCCUUUUCUGUCAGCUACAUCAUGUUUGUCAUCACUCGCAGCCUCACAGGUGUUGCCAUAGCAGGCUUCACUAUAAUUGUCUUGCCCCUAGAAUUAGAGUGGUUAGAUGUUGAACAUCGCACUGUGGCCGGCGUGCUCAGCAGCACCUUCUGGUCUGGGGGGGUGAUGCUGUUGGCGUUGGUUGGCUACCUGAUCCGAGACUGGCGCUGGCUGCUGCUGGCUGUGACCCUGCCCUGCGCCCUGGGCAUCCUCAGCCUCUGGUGGGUGCCUGAGUCUGCGCGAUGGCUUCUGACCCAGGGUAGGAUAAAGGAAGCCCAACAUUAUCUCCUCCAAUGUGCAGCGCUCAAUGGCCGGCCCCAAGCUAGGGAAAAACUAAGCAUUGAGGCCCUGAGUCUGGUGGCUGAAAGGGAAAAGGUGGUUAGAAGGCCUUCUUACCUGGACUUGUUCCGGACACCCCGGCUCCGGCACAUCUCCCUGUGUUGCAUGGUGGUGUGGUUUGGGGUGAACUUCUCAUACUAUGGCCUGAGCCUGGACCUGUCAGAGCUCGGGCUGAACAUGUACCAGACACAGCUGCUGUUUGGGGCAGUGGAGGUGCCCUUCAAGAUGAUUGUCUACCUGUCAGUACGCUACGCAGGGCGCCGCUUCACUCAGGUGGGGGCCCUGCUGGGCACUGCCCUCACUGUGGGCGCUAAUCUGCUACUGCCCUCCGGGUUGGUGGCAUGGAGAUUAGUCCUGAAAGUGACUGGAAAAGGCUUUUCAGAAGCAUCCUUCACCACUGCCUACCUGUUCACAUCAGAGCUGUACCCCACUGUACUAAGACAGACAGGCUUGGGACUGACAUCUCUGGUGGGCCGGUUUGGGGGCUCCCUUGCACCACUGGCCACCUUGCUGGAAGGGAUAUGGCCCCCACUGCCCAAGGUCACCUAUAGUGGGAUUGCCCUUUUGGCUUCGGCCACUGCCCUCCUGCUGCCAGAAACACGCAAUGCAAAGCUUCCUGAGACCAUCCAGGAUGUGGAGAAAAAGAGGACCUUGUCAGACCUCCAAGAAGCGGGGAUAUCCAUGAAGGCACUACAAGAUUAGGACGGAAAGCAUCACAGUAUUGGGCAAAGAGCAGCAGAUACGGGACCAAGAAUCCCGUCUCCGCUAACUGCUAUGAGAAAUGGCUUCAGUUUCCUCAUCUGUAAAAUAAGGGGACUACAUUAACUCUCCAAGGUCGCUUCCAGCUCUGAAUCCUACGAUGCUACAAAAUGAGCAAUGAUACCAUCUCUUUCCAGCGAGGAGUGAUGGCCUGACAGACCCCACCCCCACCCCAGGAUGGGCAGAACUGCAGCCACAACGCAUCAGGCUACCCUAACACCCUUGAAGAGUUGGGACAGACUUAAGAACAGCCUAGCCCUAGCCCCUUGACAUCCCCAAGAGCCUCUGCUUAAAUACCUCUAGUAAUGGGGCUGCCCACAGGGCAUCUCCCUGAUGCCUAUUUGGGGUGUGUGGAUAAAAGGGCUCCCCUUCUCCAUUCGGGGGACAUGGCUACUGGGCAGGACUUGGGGGAAAGAAGGUUGGAUCAGGAGUCAAGAAAACCUGGUCCUAGUCCCAGUUCUGUUAUGUAGUCCGGUGGACCUGUUUCCUCCCUCACUUGUAGAAUGGGAUAAUACCACCUGCCCAGCCUACCUCACAGGGCUGUUGUGAGGAUCAGAAAAAAGAAUACAUAUCAAGUUCUUUGGAAAGUGUAA